UUAAGCAACAACUUGCUAGCUAACUAACCUAAGCUGCUUCUGCAAUCUGCACUUCUUCACUUCUUCAUUGAUCGAGCUUUCAAUUGCGGCACUUCCAUAACCGCGAUUCUUCCUGCAUCCGAUCGGACCAUCGAAGCCAGGUCGUUGGCUGGUGGGGUGUUGUCAUACCCCCAAAUUUGGGCCUCAUCCUCUGGUCGCGGACCAAGUUUUGCGUCACCUUGAUCAUGUUGGCCUUUUCUCGAUUGACCACCGUCUCCCCGGCCUUCGUCUUCGCCGCCCACGGAUCGGCUUUCAAGACCACCCGCCUGUCCGCCUUCACUACCUUGACCCCGAGCGCUCAAUGGAAUCCAUGCGAUGGGUCCGGCUGCCAGCCCAGAUUGACCCGGCAAGGAUCAGUGCCCACGGGCGUCCAGCGCCAAACCCCCUCGAGUAGGGUGGCCCCACCCAAUUUUGUCACAGCUCAACGGGGCUAUGCCACCCGAUUGGCUGAGGUGGGCAAGUUGGAACCACUGAAAUUGGAUGGCAAUUAUGACACGGGUCAGAUGUUCCUCCAUCGGUUGUUCGGGUAUCGUGGCGUGAUUCUCUUCCCCUGGUUGGCCAAAGUCUAUGAUCGUGACUUGCCCAAUUCAAAGAAAGACAACUCGGUCAAGGAUGUCCAAAGUCAGGAAGAGAUCAUUUCCAAUCCCAGUGGCACGGGCAAGGAGGUCAAAGGGAAAACACAUACCUACUAUCAGGUGCUCAUUGAUGGGCGGGAUUGUCCGUUCAUCACUCAUCGCGCUCAAACGGAAUCGGUCACAUUUUUGGGCAACCACACGGAAAACACUCGCAAUCUCUACGCCAUUCCGGGUCUGGAUUAUGUGGCCCAUGAGGAUAUCAUCCCGUACUCCACUGAGGACCGCUCCCCCAUUCAGCACGAGCUCUUCGAUAAGUUCUUGAGCUAUCGGGAAGGCGACGACCCCCCUUUUGGUGCCUUAGAUACCCUCAAGGCGUGGCAGGAGAAGAACCACCCUUGGUUAGAACUCUCUGACGUUCACAAAGAGACCACGGAAGAUAUUCGAGUCACUGUCAUUCCCUUUUACAUGGGAUACAGAGAGACGCAAGCGAAUAACGUUUAUUGGUGGCGUUAUUGCAUCAGACUUGAAAAUCUGGGUGAGAAAGCUGUCCAGCUUCGAGAGCGAAACUGGCGGAUCUUUUCUCUCUCCGGCACUCUUGAGACGGUACGAGGACGAGGUGUGGUGGGACAAGAGCCCUUGCUAUCCAAGGACCAGCCAGCAUUCCAAUAUUCAUCCCAUGUCAGCCUUCAAGCUCCUUCGGGGCACAUGUGGGGCACGUUUCGAAUGGAACGAGAGGACGGCCACGCCUUUGAUUGCCGCAUUCCUCCAUUUUCAUUAGAAAGCAAACAAGACGAUCCGAAUGAACCGCCCAUUUUGGGUAACUGACGUGAAUGAUUCUGUGACAAAAAGCGAUUUCAAAUCCACUAGCUGGCUUCGCGAGGAGCCAACCAAAUUGAAAAAUAAAAUUAUUUC